GGAAGAGAAGAGCUUUCCCGGUCCCGUCGGAGAAGCGGAGUCUGGAAGGUCUGGCUCCUGGCGAAGGACUGGGGCUGCGGAUUAUAAAGGGGAAGGUGCUGGUAGCUAUGGGUAUUUCCCCACGGAUGUUCCUGAUCCUGGGAUGUUUUCUCACAGGACCCUUCCUAGCCCUCUGCCAGCUCCCUCUGCCGACUAUUGUUCCCAACAGGAAUGAAAUGGUGGUGCAGCUCAGCUCCAAUUUCACACUCAAGUGCUCUGGAGACAGCGAAGUGAGCUGGCAGUACCCAGUGACCGAGGGAAGCCACAGGAUAGACAUCAGGCACGAAGAGAACAAUAGUGGCUUCUUCCUGACGGUGCUUGAAGUAGAGAAUGCCUCUGCAGCUCACACGGGCUGGUAUGUUUGCUACUACAACCACACUCAAGUGGAGGAUGGGGAAGUGGAAGGGAAGAACAUCUACAUCUAUGUGCCUGACCCAGACAUGCCUUUUGUUCCUUCCAUCCCAGAAGACCAGUUCAUCCUAGUAGAAGAAGGUGAUUCCACCACUAUCCCUUGUCGAACAAGCGACCCAAAUGCUCAAGUGACCUUAAUGAACACUUUAGGCAAGGCUGUCUCUGCUGCUUAUGACAGCAAACAAGGCUUCACUGGGAACUUCCCUGCAGGCUCAUACACAUGCAAAACAACGGUUCAAGGCGUGGAGUUCAAGUCUGAUGAGUUCCUCAUCUAUAUUUUAAGAGCUACUCCACAGCUGCCAGUUGAAAUCGAAGCUAUUAAAACUGUCUACAAGACAGGCGAGACCAUCGUGGUAACUUGUGUGGUCUUUGACAAUGAGGUGGUCAAUUUGCAGUGGAAUUACCCUGGGAAAGUGAAAAAGAAAGGUGUGAUAAACCUUGAUGAUAUCAAAGUGCCAUCACAGAAGCUGGUUUACACCUUGACUGUUCCUGAGGCAUCGGUGAAAGACACAGGGGAUUACGAAUGCACUGCUCGGCACGCAACCAAGGAGGUCAAGGAAAACAAGAAAGUGGUGAUCACAGUUCAUGACAAAGGCUUUGUUCACCUGGAGCCUCGGUUCAGCUCCCUGGAAACCGUCGAUCUACACGAAGUCAAAAACUUUGUGGUUGAUGUGCAGGCAUAUCCAGCACCCAAAAUGUACUGGCUGAAGGACAACGUGACCCUGAUUGAAAAUCUGACUGAGAUUGUUACCAGUUCCACCAGAGUCCAGGAAACAAGGUUUCAGAGUGUAUUGAAGCUGAUCCGGGCCAAGGAAGAAGACAGUGGAAACUACACUUUGGUGGCUGAAAAUGAAGAUGAGAGUCAAAGAUACACCUUCUCCUUACUCAUACAAGUGCCAGCUCUGAUCUUAGACCUGGUGGACGACCACCACGGCUCGGCGGGCGGGCAGACGGUGAGGUGCUUGGCAGAGGGGAUCCCGCUCCCUGACGUGGAAUGGCUGGUUUGCAAGGACCUCAAAAAAUGCAGCAACGACACCUCGUGGACUCUUUUGUCUAACAAUAUCUCUGAUAUACACAUGGAAGCCCACCUGGAUGAGAAGAACACCGUGGAGAGCCAGGUGACCUUCCAGAAGGUAGAGGAAACCCUGACCGUGCGAUGCGUGGCAAGGAACGACCUCGGCGCCGUCACUCGGGAACUGAAGCUCAUAGCUCCCACCUUGAGAUCAGAACUAACAGUGGCUGCUGCAGUCUUAGUGCUGUUAGUGAUCGUGAUCAUCUCUCUGAUCGUCCUGGUCAUCAUAUGGAAGCAGAAGCCAAGGUAUGAGAUAAGGUGGAGAGUCAUCGAGUCCAUCAGCCCUGAUGGCCAUGAAUACAUUUAUGUGGACCCAAUGCAACUGCCUUAUGACUCCAGAUGGGAGUUCCCUCGAGAUGGGUUAGUGCUUGGUCGAAUCCUUGGCUCUGGUGCCUUUGGGAAAGUAGUGGAAGGCACUGCCUAUGGAUUGAGUCGCUCUCAGCCGGUGAUGAAAGUAGCUGUGAAAAUGCUGAAACCUACAGCUAGAUCCAGUGAAAAGCAGGCCCUCAUGUCUGAACUGAAGAUAAUGACACACCUUGGCCCCCACCUGAACAUCGUGAACCUGCUGGGAGCUUGUACUAAAGCAGGUCCUAUUUACAUCAUCACUGAAUACUGCUUUUAUGGUGAUUUGGUGAACUACCUGCAUAAGAACAGGGACAAUUUCCUGAACCGUCACCCAGAGAAGCUGAAGAAGGAUUUGGAUAUCUUUGGGAUGAACCCAGCUGAUGAAAGCACCAGAAGUUAUGUGAUAUUAUCAUUUGAGAACACUGGGGAGUACAUGGACAUGAAACAAGCUGACACCACUCAGUAUGUGCCCAUGCUGGAGAGGAAGGAGGGAUCUAAGUACUCUGACAUCCAGAGAUCUGUCUACGAUCGCCCAGCUUCUUAUAAGAAGAAAUCCAUGUCAGAGUCAGAAGUCAAAAACCUGCUUUCAGAUGACAGUUCAGAGGGCCUCAGCCUACUCGAUUUGCUGAGCUUCACCUACCAGGUUGCACGGGGGAUGGAAUUCUUGGCUUCUAAAAAUUGCGUGCACCGUGACUUGGCGGCUCGUAAUGUCCUCCUGGCUCAAGGCAAGAUUGUGAAGAUCUGUGACUUUGGGCUGGCUAGAGACAUCAUGCACGAUUCCAACUAUGUCUCCAAGGGCAGUACUUUCCUGCCAGUCAAGUGGAUGGCACCUGAGAGCAUUUUUGACAACCUGUACACGACGCUCAGCGACGUUUGGUCUUAUGGCAUCCUGCUCUGGGAGAUAUUCUCUCUUGGAGGCACACCAUACCCUGGCAUGAUGGUUGAUUCUACUUUCUACAACAAGAUCAAGAGUGGAUACCGAAUGGCCAAACCUGACCACGCUACCAAUGAAGUGUAUGAGAUCAUGGUGAAGUGCUGGAACAGUGAGCCAGAGAAAAGACCUUCUUUUUACCAUCUGAGUGAGAUUGUGGAGAGCUUGUUGCCUGGAGAGUACAAAAAGAGCUAUGAGAAGAUUCACCUGGACUUCCUGAAGAGUGACCACCCAGCUGUCACACGCAUGAGAGGGGAGUGUGACAACGCCUACAUUGGGGUCACCUACAAGAAUGAAGACAAGCUCAAGGACAGGGAGAGUGGCUUUGAUGAGCAGAGGCUGAGUGCUGACAGUGGCUACAUCAUCCCCCUGCCUGACAUUGACCCUGUUUCUGAGGAUGAGCUUGGCAAAAGGAACAGGCACAGCUCCCAGACAUCUGAAGAAAGUGCCAUUGAAACUGGCUCCAGCAGCUCUACUUUCAUCAAGAGAGAGGACGAGACCAUUGAGGACAUUGACAUGAUGGAUGACAUUGGGAUUGACUCCUCAGACCUGGUGGAGGACAGCUUCCUGUAAGCUCCCAGCCCCCCCUCCAGCUCUGCCCAUGGAGAAGCUUGCCGUGCGGUCCUCAGACUCCUGUCCCCACAGAGCAAAGAAAAACCACUUUAUUGUCGUGUCAAGGAUGUGAGGAGGAGGUGGAUUUGUAGAGAGGAACUCACAGUGCUGGGCAGAGGACUCAGCCCCAGCCUGAAUGUGAGAGACAGGUGGAAGAUGGAUUUUUGUUCCCGUUGCUUCUUGCAGUACUUCAGUAGCAUCUCAGCGUCGUUUGCCGUUCCAGCCGGCGGGAGGACGAGGGAAGGGGAAGGCCACCAACAGAGCAGUUUUGUGUUUCAAGGGCAUUCUAAUGACUUGCAUGGAUGGAAUUCCACUGCAGCAACACUUCACCCUUGUAAUUAUGUAAAUAAGUGUCUACUCAAGGAUCUGAGGCUACUCAAGCAGCCGAGGCUACUCAAGGGAGCGCAGCCACGGAUCGGAGGAGGGGUCGCUGAUGGAGGUGGUUUUUGGGUGCUUCCUCCCUCAAUCUCAACGUCAGCUGCUGUUGAACUCUGAUGUGAAGUGAAGAACAUGCUGAUAAAUAAAGAAAACCACUCUGGGACCAAAAAAAGAAAGGUCUAAAACCACAAAGGACUGGACUGGUACUACAAAACAUGUAACUUUUUAACCAUUAAUCCAACUAAAGGGGAAUAAUAAUAAUAAUGAUGAUAAUAAUAAUGAAGCCCCAGUCUAUAAUAGGUGUUAGAAGCCUUGUAAGCCUUUAUUAACUCUAGAAGGUAGCUGUUUUCAAGGUAAUACUACUACUGUUUCCAGUAACACUAAGUGUAUAUGUUACAAUUCAUUGUCCUUCAGCAAAAGCAAUCUCAAGAAACUGAGGUUUUAAGUACAAGGAGGGGAAAAAAACAAACCCCAAACAAACCCCAAACAGCCAAAACUCAAAACCCUGACCUGAAAAUUUUUCUGUCUGGACCAAUUCUCUUUUCAUUAUUUGUUUUUCUGGGGCUCUGCACAGGGUAGUAGCUGCUCUGUUUAGCUGAAACUACUUUAACAUGGAGGGGAGAAGGAAAAGCAUUAAGAUUUUGGGUUCUAUCUGGAGCUGAGUAGCUUUGCUAAGCAGAUACCUUAGAAGCAAUAUUUUUUUGCCCUCUUAUUAAAGUGGAAUCCAAGGGAAAACAAACAACCAAACAAACAAUGUUUGGCUAAAGAAUUUGAUGCCAGACUCCCAAAAUGCUGGAGAAUGGAAGAUGAUGCUAAAUCCCCAGCAAUGUCCCAUUCAUAGCUGCUCAAAGGAAAUCCUACCCCGGGGUUAGCUGUGAAGAAUCCAUUUGAUAUUUGAAUGGAACAAAGACAUCUCUGCCAGCCUGGAGCUCAAGCUUAAAGCAGCAGAAACAGUUCUGCAGCCCAAUAUUCUUGUCUUAGCUUUCAGGUGUAAACAGGAAUGGAAAACUCUGACUAUUAGCUGUAACUACAACUGGGAACUGCUUCCAGAAGCCUUCUUGCUUUGUUUUCUUGUGGAAAGAAGGUGCAUGCAAAUCAGCCUGGUUUUGGAUGCCAUUUCAUGCCAGCAAAGUGUGGUGGUUAACUGCUAUCACUGGACAGUGUUUUAUUGAGGUAUGAUGCUUUGGAAGACUUAACAUGUGAUAAAAAGCUACAUCACUGCCAAGGGCUUCAUCCCUCCUGGUGCUGAGCUUUCCAACUCAACCCUUCAUUCAGUGCCUCACAGGACGUGCUGAGCCUCUGGCACGACCCAGCCAAUGCAAAUGCAGUGCAGACUGACCCCUCUGUGGCAGCAUUUUCCCUAGGAAGCACAAGAAGAAUGGGAGCAGCAGUGGGAUGCUGCCCUGGCAAACUGUGGUUUAACUCCCAAAGCUACCCAAGGCCCCCUCGGCUCCAGAGGAAAGCAAAGGCAACAUUCUCAGUGCCACAGGAAACGAUUCUGGCUCUGGCUUCCCAAAUGCCACUUAGAAGAUGUGAAAACGACCUGAAGCAAGGCCACCUGCAUUUCCAACCCUGCUGGAAGCUGACAAUCAGCAGGGGCCAUGAGCCAUGGAGCAUCCUCCACUUCUUAAAGCCCACUGAUCCAGACCGAAUGUCUUCCUGGGAGCUGCGCUCAAGCCGGGCGCACGUCACUGGGCUCUGUACGGUGACAACUGUGAAAGAGAAAGACUCCUGAUGCAGCCAGGACCGAUGAGACAGCAUCAAGUCUCCCUCCAGCUAGGAACUAUGAAAUGCAAAUUCUCCCCUGGAUAUGCCAGCUGUCUGAAUGGCCUCUUGAGCCCACACACGCCUUGAUUUGCUGUGUAGCCGCCACAGCUACGCCGGCAAGCUAGGCAAGGAAUUUCACCUGCACUUUUGCACAUGGCCUAGUGCUCUUCAGGCUUUGAAGAUGAGCCCCAGCGAGUUUUGUUAUGCCACUUACUGGAAUCUAAGGACAUUUUCAUAGGCUCUCCCCUCCCCCUCACUGGUUUCAUUCCGAGCAUCUCGAGGUUAGACCCAAAAGGUG